AUGUCUACAUACAGAUCAAGAAGAGUGAUUCCUUCUGCUAUAAACACCCCAACUUCAAUUAGACUCCUCAAGAUUAACAAUUUGGGUGCAUCUGAAGCUGAAAGAGCAUUGUCUGAAUUUAUUGAUGCUAGUGAACUAAAUAUUUCUGGAAAAGCAACCACUGAUUUUAACACUACUGGUCUUGCUGGAAACAGUGAAAGUCCAGCUGUUUUAUCACAAUUAAAAAGAAUUCAAAGAAGUUUAAGAGGAUUACCUCCUGUUAUCAGUGAACAACAAUCAGAAAAUAAGAGAAGUGCUGAUGAAGAAACUGAUCGUCCUAAUAAGAAAAUCAAGUUUGAUGAGAGCGAAGACAACACCGAAGAAGUAAAAGAGGAAGAAGACGCCGAAGAACAACCAAAAUAUGAAGAAGAAGAAGAAGAAGAAGAAGAAGAAGAAGAUGACGAUGAAGAAGAAAAGGUCCAAGAAGAAGAAGAAGAAAAGGAAGAGGAACCAGUAGAAAAGAAGAAAAGCAAGAAGGACAAAUCCAAGAAAGACAAAGAAGACAAGAAAGAUAAGAAAAAGAAGAAAAAGCACAGUUAG